AAAACCUAAACAAGUGUCACUCACUGCCAUUUCUCCGUCCAAAAAAAUGCGGCGGCACAACCGAUGGCCGCUCUCCAGUGCUUGGUUUUGGCAGGCACAACUUCUAUGUACUCCCUCGUCAAGAGCACACCUCUGAUCAUUAUGAGUUUCUCUGCCAGACCACAUCCAUCGACUUCCUUGCUAAGUAUCACUUUGAUUUUAACACCUGCAUCAAUGAAGGCAUCUCUUUUUUUUGUCCAGACGACAAGAGGAAGAUGCAAUUAUGAAAGUUCCUGGAUUGAUACUGUGUUUUGGCUCUGGAUUUUAGCAAAGCAUUUUAGAGAUCCUGUAUACAUACAUACAUACGAAUGAUGAAAGUUCAUGUUCGCAAGACUUUCUUCUUGUGUACACUGAUUCAGAAUCCAACAAGGAAAAUCUCUUGGUAAUAUAUACCAUUUACACUUUUGCUGGAAAGAUUUCUUACCACUAGAUACAUACACGUCCUUGGAUCUUUACUUAGAUUGAUGAAGUGAAUUAUAGUCGAUGAUAGCAAAGUUUUCAGGAUUGAUGGAUACUGUCACUCUCUUAUUCUUCUUCUUACAAAGCCUUCUUUAAUUCAAAUAUAUCUCAUUUUAUUCUUCGUUCAUGACAGGUUGCGUCUUUGCACAGGCAUGUACUCAUCUUGGGUUCGACUUUGCACAUCAUUCAGACUUGAAAAGUACAUUAACCGUCUUUAUCUCAGCUGGACAAGUGGCGACAUCAUCCACCUACGAACAGGCCAUAGUAAUCCAGAGAACUGGCGAGUCUCAAUGUUUAAAUACGAGAAUAUCGUACUCAUCUGGAACUUCCCACGAAAACUCAAGGCUAGACAGACCAAAGAUUGCAUCUGCAAAGCCUUUGCAGCUCACACAUCUCAAAGGUCCUAUUCUCUGACCAAGCUGAAACGGUUGGUGUCAAACCAAGAACAAGAGACCUGAGACGGCUGAGAGAAGAGAGAACAUGGUCGCUGUGACUCACAAAGCAUCGGAUUUGAUCGAUGCGGUUUAGGCAAAUAGAGUUUAAAGACGAGUCUUUGGUUAAACCACACUAGGAUUAAUUAGCCAUACUCCCUUUUUUUUUAUCAAAGAGAGUCUUUGUCUUUUUUGUUUUUUUAAGAAACAUGAAACUCAUAUAGUGUUAUGAUCAGGUAUAAUUUUUUGUUUUAAGUACAUGAAAUAAUGAAAAGCGCAAUAGUGUGAUAAAUCAAAUACUAGUAUUGUUGACAAUGGAUCGGAUGGAGAUAUCAAUCUCAAUCAAAUUUUCUUCCGCUUCAAGUUCUUCCCAAAUAUCCAUGAUCGUCAUCUCUUGGUAAUAUUCUUCUUUACUCAUCCAACCUUCUUUUGUUUCUCUCGCCAGAGUAAUCUCUAUCAGCCCUUCUUCUUCUUCUUCUUCUUCUUCUUCUUCAUAAUCUAGGUUGGUUUUAGUUUCUUGACUUUCAAGCUCUUCCUGACCAUGAAGACAAGACUUGGAUGACUUGCUUUUGAACACGUCAGUAAUGUGGAGAACCUUAGAGAGAAACAAGAUUGGGAUAGUUAUUAUGAGACUGAAAAGAUUCUUCAAGAAAGAGAGUGCUGAGAUCAAUAGUGUCUUGUUGACUUCAUUUCUCGCCAUUGUUUGGGGGUCCGGGUCAUCAGACCUUACACAAACCGAUUUAUAUAUAUGUUCAUCUCUAUCAUGAAUUUUCCAGGCCGAAUGCAUUGAACAUAGACAAGAUUCCAAUGGGUACAAAGACAAAAAAAAAUCCUGAUGACAUGUUCCCCAGUAUUUUGUAAGGGAGCCCAUUGGGUCAUGACUUUGUGAACAAAGACACAUGCAUUUGUUGCUUUGACUUUCUUGCGUUGACUCCAGAUAAAGCUGUUAUCUAUGAAUCUCACACAGUGCUACAAAAGAAUAAUAGGUUACCAUUAUCGUGUGUCAACAAAGAGCCCAUCUUUCUUCAGAAUAAACAUGGGACCGAACAUAAAUAAAAAAUAAAAAAUCAUGAUCGCAACUUUUACGAAUAUAUCCUGGUAUAUAAAGUAUGAAUACUAUACCUCAACGGCCUCUUUAUCAGUUGAUAAUCAUUAAUAGUUUGGAAAAUAUUUAAUAUGCUAAUCGCUGAUUGGAAAAUCAGAGCUAAUAGUAUACCUCUUCAAUGAUCUUGACAGCAACUCUUGCUACCUCCUGGUCAAAAACUCACACUUGCCAAGAAUCUGAUCAACACCAGUAGAAUCAAAGUUAAUGUCUUUUCUUAGAUUCGAAUCAGAGAAGUAUUGCCAAUGAGUCAAUGAGCCCGUUUCUUCUUGGAAAGGCAAAGCAACACUUUUUCUAGCCGUUUUAUUUUCAUUUUAAACCCCCACUUCUUUCUUUCAUUACAAAUACGGAACAAAUGUUUUCAAAAUAUCAGACACAUCCUUCCCAAAAUAUUAUUAAACCCUUCUCCUGAAAACCUACAUACCCAAAACGAUGUCGUCGUUAUCUCGCCUUCUCCGUGGCGCCUUCAACACUUGUACUAUCCGUCGUUUUUCCUCCGCCGCCGCCUCGGAAACCACGGCAGCAAUCUCUCCACCUCCUAAAAAGUCACUCAGUAGUAUCGUGAAUGAAGAACGAAACCCCAAACGGAUCGUGGACAAGUUCAAGAUGGCGUGUGAGUCUGAGCGAUUCCGAGCUAACAUAGCCGUCUACGAUAGAACCGUGCGGCGUCUCGUCGCGGCAAAGAGAUUACAUUUCGUGAAAGAGAUAUUGGAGGAGCAGAAGAAGUACCCCGACAUGUCAAAGGAAGGAUUCGCGGCUAGGAUCAUCUCCCUUUACGGGAAAGCCGGUUUGGUUGAAAACGCACAGAAGGUGUUCGACGAAAUGCCAGAGAGAAACUGCAAGAGGUCAGUGCUCUCCUUCAAUGCCUUGCUCAGUGCGUAUGGUGUUUCCAAGAGAUUCGAUGUGGUUGAGCAGCUUUUCAAUGACUUGCCGAAGAAGCUAUCGAUCAAACCAGACAUCGUAUCUUACAAUACUUUGAUCAAGGCAUUGUGUGAGAAGGGUUCCUUGUCCGAAGCUGUUGCGUUGCUUGGUGAUAUUGAGAACAAGGGUGGUUUGAAACCUGAUAUAAUAACAUUUAACACACUUUUGUUGUCGUCGUAUCUGAAGGGAGAGUUUGAGCAAGGGGAAGAGAUAUGGGCUAAAAUGGCGGAGAAGAAGGUAGCAAGGGACAUCAGGAGUUACAAUGCUCGGUUGCUUGGAUUAGCCAACCAGACGAAAUCGGAAGAACUAGUAAGUCUCUUUGAAGAACUGAAGGCUAGUGGGAUCAAACCUGAUGUUUACAGCUUCAAUGCAAUGAUUAGAGGGUCAAUCAACAAAGGCAAAAGGGAGGAAGCCAAAACUUGGUACGAAGAAAUUGUGAAGCAGGGUUAUCGUCCUGAUAAAGCUACAUUGGCUUUACUGAUUCCUGCAUUGUGUAAAGCAGAGGAGUUUGGGUGUGCGAUUGAGCUCUGCAAGGAGACGUUCAGUAAGCGUUAUCUUGUGGGCCAAACGACAUUGCAGGAGUUAGUAAAUGAAUUGGUAAAAGGGGGAAAGAGAGGAGAAGCCGAGGAGAUAGUGGAGAUAGCAAAGAACAAUGAUUUCUUGAAGUUCAAGCUUGAUUUGUCGUCGUCUCAGUUGAUCAGUUAGGAGAUGAUGAACUGGUAAGUUAUUCCUUGUCUUGUGGGCUAUUGUACUUCUGUGAACAAUGUAAAACUGCAUGUAUUCGUUGUUUAAUAAAUGUUGGUUGAAUUCA